AUGGCACAGCCUGUUGUUGAACGGUUAAGAACGAUGGAUACACUUGAGAAUAUCCCUCAUCGAGAACAUUUGCCAGUUCAUAUAUCUCAAUCUCUGGCUUUAACAGAGAGUGAAGAUGAUUCUGUCAUUCGACAAAAGUAUCGCCCAUUCAUUUUGAGCAACACAACAGAAGAGGACUGGGUCAGCGACCUAGAACUGACGACCGCCUUGAAAAUGGCCCAGAAUGACCUAAAGGAUACGAACCAAAGGCUCAAGGUCCUGGUACUGUACGGGAGUCUACGCAAAAGAUCAUAUUCACGGCUUGUGGCAUUGGAAGCAUGUCGUAUCCUCUUCCGACUCGGUUGCGAUGUCCGCGUUUUCGACCCGGAGGGACUUCCAGUGAAGAACGACGUUGACCACGGUCACCCCAAGGUACAGGAGCUCCGUGGUCUCAGCCAGUGGAGCGAUGGACAUGUCUGGGUCUCGCCUGAACAGCACGGUAACCUUACCGCAGUCUUCAAGAACCAGAUAGAUUGGAUCCCCCUUAGUACCGGAAGCAUUCGCCCAACACAGGGCCGAACACUAGCUAUUGCCCAAGUUUGCGGCGGAUCACAAUCAUUUAACGCGGUCAACUCCUUGCGCAUUCUCGGUCGCUGGAUGCGCAUGUUUACUAUUCCCAAUCAGUCGUCGAUCCCGAAGGCAUAUACCCAGUUCCCAGAUGAAGGUCAACCGGGAGACCAGAGGCUCAUGCCCAGUAGUAACCGGGACCGAUUAGUGGACUGCAUGGAGGAAUUUGUCAAGUACACGAUCUUGAUGAGACCUCAUAUGGACCUUUUUGGGGAUCGCUUCAGUGAGAGGGAAGAGAAGAGGGCGAAAGAGGCGAAGUUAAAUGGAGCUGUAUCCAUGUAG